ACAACUUUCUUAUCAGACUGAGAAAUACAUUUUCAGUUCACAAAGGACCUUUGAGCUUGAAAGCUUUUGUUGAGUCCAUGCCUCCUGGUUGGUGGUGGUAGUUUGUUUCUUUCCAGCCUUCUUCUAUUUGCAGACCCUAAAAUAUUUACGGGAAAGGUGGAGACAACUUUAUAGUGAUUUAUAUCCUCUUUACAACAAUGAAUCCUAUUAGGUCAGCCUGUGGAUCUAAAAACUCUGAAGGAGCAGGGAGAUUAAUACAGGUCUCCAAAUCCUACUUCAUUCUGCUUAGGCAGAACUGGUACUUGACUUCCUCCAACAGUGGAAGUGAUGGGAUUGGAAGUCCUGGCCUCAGGCAAGGCAAAUAUUCCCUUCUAGCCUGAAGGCAGAACUGUACCCAUUGGCAAUAUCCUGUUUGUGGCAGUGUAGCUGUUUGCCAACAUUGAAGGCAGCUUGGUGGAGGCAGUAAGCAGAUAAAGUGUUUUUCCUCACCCUUGCUUAAAAGGACAAAAGGCAGUGGAUCCAUAGAAAAAUACCAGUGCAGAAAAAGUAAAGAUAUGUAUAGUGGAAAGCUUUGAGCAAGCUUCCUGCAAGAACUGCUGCUUUUUCAUCUGCAAUACAAUUCUGGUCCUGCUGAGAGCAGUGAACUUCCCAGCACUGGAAAUCCAAGCAGAGAGGAGCUGGCGUUGGUAGGUCACCAUGUGGAAAAAGUAGGAAUACUUCCUUAAGCACAGAAAUGAGCAGGCUCUUUUCAGAGUGAGAAUUUGCAUGGAAAAUGUAAGAUUCUGUUCCUAACAGCUUUGAAAAUGUUUUCUUAAAAGGCUGCGGAGAGUUUGCGAAGGAAUCGGCUGGAGAAUCUCUUUGAUGAGAUGUAUAAGCAGCUGGGUAGCAGAAAAGGAGAGCUCCUGGAAACCCUCAGUCACAGUGAGGAGCAACAGCUUUCUCAAAUUCAGGCACAGAUACAAAGAUACAAGAGGAGGAAGGAUGUGACCAGCCAUGAUAUACAGGAGCUGGAGGCUCUGAGAGAUCAAAAAGACCCACUACUUUUCACUAAGGUACCUAACAGCCUCUCCCUUUCCAGUGAUACUGCAGCUCUUGAGUUGGUCUUUGCUUGCACUAUGCUAAUUCUGCUUUCAAAAUGUCUUCUGCAGGGUUUGACAAAGAUACAAGCCAGGAUAAGGAAGCCGGUUCCUGAAAAAGCUGCUGUAAAACUGCCAAAGCCACCCAUUAUUUUAGAUGAAUCAACAAAAGAGGCUAUUCUAACACUUUUUCAGCAAUUCAUCUUGGACAUAGACUUCUCGGGUGAAUCAUUACCUGCUCGUGCACAUCUGACUUUUACACCAUGUCAUACACGUGCAUUUCAUGUAGAUGACAAGGAACUCUCUGUAAUCCCCUGCCUUUAUGGACAAAGGACAACGUACACAGAUGAGGACUUCAGGCCCAUUUACAGCACUCAGAGCUUCUCGGAAGGCUGGCACUUCUGGGAGGUGGACACCAGCCACACAACGCACUGGAAGCUGGGGGUCACUCAUCAGACUUUUCAUUGCUACCUGCAAAUGGAUGGCCGUAAUCUCAGUGUGUUCCUAGGCUGUAGUAAGAUUACAGAAAAGGCAGUUACUACAGCUAUCAGCAUGGUCAGGGUAGAGCUGGACUGCAGAAGGAAUACAGUGUCAUUUUGUAACAUGUCCAACAAGGAUGGAGUCCUUGCUAAGAGACAUCAGCUCAUACAGACAGUAAACAUCCCUGCGAGCUAUCCUGUCCAUGCUGAUUUCAGCAUUUCUAGCGGCUACCUGAGACUCCUGUAGAGAUGUGGGAGCAGUGACUUGCAGAAAACGGACUCCACAAUCAGUAAGAUUGUAAAGUAGGUAUGCUUAUUCAGUGCUGUUGUCCUAGUUUUGGUUAGGACAGAGUUAAUUUUCCUCCUAGUAGCUGGUAGGGUGCUGUGUUU